AGGGUUGAGGCUCGUCCAUUAUGGUUUGUUUUCCAGUCAACCAGCGAACAAGUGACUGUCGGUAAGGUUUAACCCACGUUCUCCGUAUUUUCUUCAGUUUUUUGUGUAUGACAAUUUGCUGGCUAGAUGACAUCACUGAGUGAUUCCCGAAAUGUAAGUCAAGCGGAAGUGGUGACAGACACUCUGAAUAUAACUGUGGGAGAGGAUGCAUUAGAAUUGACCAGCAGUGACAAAUCAAAGUCUCUUGACACCUCACAAAAUUCUGUUGAAAGUGAAUCUGUGAACAGUGAGGUCAUGGAUGCAAUUGGAGAUUCAUCCUAUGAGUCAGCUUUACAGUCUCCAGACUCUGCUAUUGGUGUCACACCAACAGUGACACCAGAUGAAGAGUUCCAGAAUAGAGUACCUGAGAAGCCUGAUAUAGAACUUAAACAAACAAAAGAAUCAAUGGGGAUUGAGAAGUACACUGAAACCAUUGAACCAGAGCCACAGAAAGAAAAUGAAGAGAAUGAUCGAAGUAUUUCCAUUCUUACUCUGGCGGAGCAGAAGCCACAAGAACUGGAGCGACAGCAGUUAGAAGAAAACAGUGAGAGUGAAGGGAUCCAGUCUGCAUCAGAUGAAGGUGGUAGCCAUCCAUCUUCCUCGUCCUCCUCUAUUGUUAUUGUUGAAAAAGAGGACAUGGAGGAAGAUGAAGGAAAUGAAGAUGGUGGUGUAGUGGCCCAGGAAAAAGAUGUAUCUGGAAAUGAAGGUGUGGAAGAUGAUGAUCCUUCAGGGAACAAGCAUGCAUCAGAGACAAAAAGCGAGUCAUUUCUUUCUCAUGCUACAAGCUCACCACAACUCUUAGGAGAGCAGGAGUUGUUGGUAGAAGAAAAGGUAGCUGCUGAUGAAACUGCAGGCAAAGCAGUAGAUUCAAAGGGGUUGGGAGAGGGUUUGAAAGAUCAUAGCAAUAUAUUGGCUCCAACAGUUGAUACUGAGAUAAAGCAGCAGCAACUUGAAGAAGAUAAGAUGGAAACUGGUUGCAACACAAGUUUAUCUCCAUCUGCAACUCAGUCACAGUAUCCCUCAUCAUUGUCUGGUAAUCUGGAAAAUUUGUCUGGUUCAACUGGAAACCUAAAGAGUGAAACCCAGGAAAGAAUAUCUAUCUCACCAUCAGUCUCUGCCACAGAUGACUUAACAAAGGUGGAGCUGAAGGGCACCACAGAUGUUGAGACAGAUGCAUCAGUAUUAUCCACCAAUGCUGGGUCUCCGAAUUUGGAGAGCAGAGCACAACAGUCCAUGAGCCAUGAGAUGGGGGUGAAGACUUCAGGUGAACUUGUCACUGAAACAGUAAAAGAAGACCUUGAGAAGAAAGUCCCUGCAGAGCCAGUUAAGCAGCUGGUGACACAGAAUUCCGUGGAGGCUGACCUCAGUUUUAAGUCAGAAGAAGGCUAUGAAGAAGAUGAAGAGGAUACUGAGGGAGAGGAGGUGGAUAUUAGUGACAGUGAAAUGGUGGUGUCAGCGUCCAUGCAGUUUCCAUUAACAAGAAAACCUGAACUAGAAGAAAGUACAUCUUCAAGUCCAAAACAGAUGGAACAAGAAGAGUCAUGCCUCAGUCAAGACUCACACGCGACUCUGGGAUCCAGUCCUGGUGUAACUGUCCGUGUGCAGAGCCGGAUAACACUGUCUCCUCCCAAAGAAACAAGUCCAUCUGGUAGUGAGAGUGAUGUGGAGGAUAAUGAUGAAGAGGACAGUAAAGAGGAGGAGGCUGCACAUCCUCUCACUAAACCUUCAUUAGCCCUUAUCAGUAGGAUUCCCAGCUCCAUACAGCUGCCAGACACUGUUACUCGUCUUGAUACUCCACAUGGAAGCUCUGUCUUCCUUGUUGGAACUGCACACUUUUCAAAAGAAAGUCAGGAUGAUGUUGCAAAUACUAUCAGAACUGUAAAGCCGGACAUAGUUGUAGUGGAGCUCUGCAAGGCACGCACAGCUAUUUUACAGUUAGAUGAAGAAACCAUUCUUCAAGAAUCUAGAAGCCUUGAUUUCAAAAAGAUGCAGAUGAUCCUGCGUCAGCACGGUAAAAUUCAGGGUGUGCUGUAUCUCCUGUUACUGUCUGUGUCUGCCCAUAUAACCAAGCAGUUAGGAAUGGCCCCUGGAGGAGAAUUCCGUACUGCAUUUGCAGAGGCACGGCGGUCAGCACCCGGGUGCUUGAUCCAACUUGGUGACCGGCCCAUACAGGUAACACUGUCUCGUGCUCUGGCAUCACUCUCCCUCUGGCAUAAGGUGAAGCUCACCUGGCAUAUUCUCACCUCAAAGGAACCAAUUAGCAAAGAAGAAGUAGAAAAGUGCAAGCAACGUGAUUUCAUUGAAGAAAUGUUGGCAGAGAUGACGGGUCAGUUCCCUGCUAUUAGUGAAGUCUUUGUAAAGGAGCGUGACCUGUACUUGUGUCGUUCACUGCAGGCUGCAGCACAGCCUGUCCCAAAUCCUUUGUCUCCAUCAGGAAUCUCCCCUCGUGUUGUUGUUGGUGUCGUGGGAAUUGGUCACGUGCCAGGGAUUGUGAAUCAUUGGGGCAAAGUUACAGAUGCUGACAUCGCUCCUAUCAUGAAGAUUCCGCCCCCAAGUCUGUCUAAUACAAUUUUGAAGAUGACAUUCAAAAUAUCCAUGUAUGGUCUACUUGGUUAUGGUGUUUACAAAUGUCUGCCAAGUUCAGCGAAGUCAACACUUAACUCCUCAGUCCAGUCAGCAAUCUCUUCAGUGUCAAACAUUCUUUCACAACAAAGGCAGAAAUGAGGAAAACAGCUCAGAGUGACUUCACAAAAGUGGUAGUAAGUGAACAAAGUACGAGUGCAUUGGAAGUGAUACAUUGCGAGAAAGACACGAAUCCUCAACCACUCGUGUUUCCUCAUAAUACAGGUGAGGAGAAAAUAAUGAUGAUG